AUGCGCUGCCCCGCGAGCGUGUUUUUAUAAAAGUCCAGUUCGGGCCAGAAACUUCAAUUUGUUGCCUGGUGCAGCAGGUAGCAGUGACCCUCCGAGGCGUUCGGUGCUCCGGUAGCCACCACGGCUGGAGAGCGAGUGUUGCCAUGGAAGGCAUCAGUGUGAGUAUAUAUACUGCAGAUAACUAUUCUGAAGAACUAGGGUCGGGGGACUAUGACUCCAACAAGGAACCCUGCUUCCGGGAUGAAAACACCCAUUUCAACAGGAUUUUCCUACCCACCGUCUACUUUAUCAUCUUCUUGACUGGCAUAGUGGGCAAUGGGUUGGUGAUCCUGGUCAUGGGUUACCAGAAGAAACUAAGAAGCAUGACUGACAAGUACAGGCUGCACCUGUCCGUGGCCGACCUCCUCUUCGUCAUCACGCUCCCCUUCUGGGCGGUGGAUGCCAUGGCUGACUGGUACUUUGGGAAAUUUUUAUGUACGGCCGUCCAUGUCAUCUACACUGUCAACCUCUACAGCAGUGUCCUCAUCCUGGCCUUCAUCAGCCUGGACCGGUACCUCGCCAUUGUCCAUGCCACCAACAGCCAGAGGCCAAGGAAGCUGCUGGCUGAAAAGGCAGUCUACCUGGGUGUCUGGAUCCCUGCUUUCCUGCUGACUAUCCCUGAUUUCAUCUUUGCUGACGUCAGCCAGGUAGACGGCAGGUACAUCUGUGACCGCCUGUACCCCGAUAGCCUGUGGGUGGUGGUGUUCCAGUUCCAGCACAUCAUGGUGGGGCUUAUCCUGCCGGGCAUCGUCAUUCUGUCCUGUUACUGCAUUAUCAUCUCCAAGCUGUCCCACUCCAAGGGCCACCAGAAGCGCAAGGCUCUCAAGACGACAGUCAUUCUCAUCCUGGCCUUCUUUGCCUGCUGGCUGCCGUAUUACGUCGGAAUCAGCAUCGACUCCUUCAUCCUUCUGGAGGUCAUCAAGCAAGGAUGUGAUUUCGAGAGCCUGGUGCACAAGUGGAUCUCCAUCACGGAGGCCCUCGCCUUCUUCCACUGCUGCCUGAACCCCAUCCUCUAUGCCUUCCUGGGAGCCAAAUUCAAAACCUCAGCCCAGCAUGCACUCAACUCCAUGAGCCGAGGCUCCAGCCUCAAGAUCCUUUCCAAAGGAAAGCGGGGUGGACACUCCUCUGUCUCGACAGAGUCGGAGUCUUCAAGUUUUCAUUCCAGCUAACACUUAUGGAAAGACAUAUAUAAUAUAUAUAUAUAUAUAUGAUAAAAGAACUUUUUAUGUUACACAUUUUCAUAUAUAAAAGACUGACCAGUCCUGUACAGUUUUUUUUUAUUGACUGUUGGAGUUUAUGUCUUUUUAGUUUCUGUGAGAGAUGACUUAAUUUAUAUAAAUAUUGUUCGUUUGUUCCAUGUGAAUGAGUGGUCAGGUUCUUAGUUGUUGUUUGUGUGUAGGACUGUAGAGCUGUAGAGCUGAAAACUGAAGAUUUUCGGACCUGUGGUGAAUGAACUGAAGCUAGAAGUGAUCCUCAGCUGUUGCUGCCUAAUCUCUCCGUUCCCGAGGAGCACACCCCCCCCACCUCCCCGCCCCGCCCCACCCCCACCCCCGUUCUUAGGUUGCCUAGUUAUACUGUGUGAUGUUUCUGUAAAGGAUGGCACUUAAAACCAAAGCCUGACAUGGGAUAGAGAUGCUUGUUUUUCAGUUUUCAAGAGUGGACUGCUCUCAGUACCUGCAAAUGUACAGUCUUGUAUUAAGUUGUUAAUAAAACACAAUGAUGAACUUA